AUGGCCGGCAUCCAUAAAGGAGUACAAGCCAGGAUUGCAGAAAAGAAUGAGUUGGCCAAGUUCGUACCGUGCUUGGCUCACUCCUUAAAUCUUGUAGGUGUUCAUUCUGCCUCAUCAUGCCAGGAAGCUAUUAACCUAUUUGGAGUGAUUCAAAAAGUAGAUUGCUUUUUUGUUGGCUCCGCUACCAGGUGGGACAUUAUGAAAAAAUGCGUUAAAACAAAUUUAAAAGGAAGUAGUCAGACGAGAUGGCCGGCGAAACAUGUUGCUGUGAAUGCCCUAUUAAAUAAUUUGCCAGAAAUAGCGGAAGCCUUAGAAGAAGUUAAGCAAACUUCUCAUGCUCCAGAAGCUAAGUACGAGGCAUGUCAUCUCUUAACUGCUAUAAAGGAUUUUAAAUUUAUUGUUAAUUUAACUAUUUGGGCGAAUAUUCUCCGCGAAAUCAAUCGAGUGAAUAUAGAAAUUCAGAAAGAAGAUAUUAUCCUUGCCCGUUCCGUCGCACUAAUGGAUGGUCUGCUCAAAACUUUGCAAAAAAUGAGACAAAAUCUAAUGGAAUAUCCGCAAACGUAA